GUGGGCGGGACCUUCGCGAGGGAGGGUGAUUAUUCGCUGUUGGUUUUGUGUUCGCGAAAUCCAGGAUGGUGAUCGCGAACCGGAACGAUGUAACGGACCGGACGGAAUCAGAAGACUAUGUCCUGAUUGAAGAUUGCCUUCCUCCUCUGCAGUACUCUCCAGCAAAGCGCACAUCACCUGCAAAACGCAAGCAAUACUACAUCAAUCAAGCAAUCCGUAACUCUGAUCUCAUUCCCAAAGCAAAGGGAAGAAAAAGUUUGAGAAGACUGGAGAACACUCAUUAUCUGAUGAAUCUUAUGGAACAAGAUGACUGCGUCAAGGAUGAAGUCGAGGCAGAUCCAGCUUCCCCAACAAUCUUCACAGAAGCUUGUUGUAAUGUUGACUAUAUCGAGAUCUGGAAUGAUUUUAUGAACCGUUCUGGUGAAGAGCAAGAGAAGUUUUUACAUUAUUUGGAGGAAGAGGCAAAGAAGAAGAACAAAAGGAAAGUGUGCUCAAAUUCCCAGGAUGCAAAAGGGGAACACUCUGGCUGCACAGGCAAGGAGUGUUUCCAGAGGAUUGACAGAAGAUUGCGUACUACUCUAAGACGACGUCAGAUCCCCAUGGGUACCCUAGAAUUUUUAGAAGAGGAAUUGACUGGAUUCUUUGCCAUGAAGCCACAAUCUGUGUACAAGGCAAUGCUGGAAAACAGCUAUGAGAGAUUGUUGCUUCAUGCUCUGUGUCAGUAUUUGGAUCUCAUUUCACAAAGUUCUGACUGCAAUGGAAAAAGACAAACCGAAGUAAGCAACAAAGGGACAGACUUUCUGCCCCCAGUACCCCUUUUAUCUGUCUACUUGGAGCAGCAGAGUUGAUUGUAUGAAAUCUGUCCCUCCCUAGCUAAUCCAUAAAUGUUGGACGAACCUAAUCAACUGCAGCCAAAAGACUAAUAUAAAAUGUUCUCCCUGCUGCGUGGUCACAAGGAACUAAAACAAACCUUGAUUUCUGAAUAAAGUUAUAAAUUAUUUUAUACUUUAAACCAUAAAUCUUUCUUGAGGGUUCAAAAAAUAUACUACCCCAAAUUUUCUUUAAUGCUUUCAAGUGCAUUCUGAAUUGAAUUUUUUUAGUAAUAUAUCUGAUAUGAUUGUACAAUUCACUAUUAUGAUUACUUCAUAGAAUUUAUUACAAUAUUUGUUACACACUUUUCACUAUGCCUCUUAUCAAAGUUGCCUCAUAUUGAUUACCCAUAGUGUAACGCUUGGAAAAUUUCUCAUGUUAAUUGUUACGCCCUGGCUUCCACUUAACAUUGCAUAGACCAGGGAUACAAAUUGAUGUCAGUUAGGAAAUUACAGCAUGUUGUGUGUGUUGUUUCUAAGACGCAAGGUUGCUAGAAAAGUUGUUUUAAAAUGUUUGUAAAACAAAUUUGAAGUUAGAAAUAAUUAGGCAUGUGGAAAAUAAAUAUUGACAUUGUAGGAUCUGAACUUUGAAAGACUUGUUUUUAAACUUGUGAAAAGAUCAUUUGGUUUUGCAUGCAUCUUAAAAGAAGAAAGGUUUGGAAUUAAAUAUUAUGUGGAUAGUAUUUUGUGAAUUAUGCUGUAUGAAUGUUGUUACUACUUUGGAAUACUUGCUUCAGUUUAUUAUGUUGUGACCUUAGUCACCAGUGGUUUUCAGUUUUAAAAAAAGAUAAAGUUUUAUUAAGCGCAUGGUGCUUUAUAAAAUUUGUCAAAAUAAUAGAUAGAUCUUCAGUUGGAUAACCAUCUAUAUGUCAUUUUCAUUGUGUGGAAUUUUACUAUUUUAUCAUUCUCAGCUGAAAUAAAUAUGAUCGAGUCACA